ACAAGGCCCCAAGAGGAACAUAGGCCCAAGGCAGACAUCAGACCUUCUGUGGACAUUGGCCUGAGGAGGACAUCCGGCCCCCAGUGAACAUCAGGCACAGGUGUCCAAGCAGGCCCUGGGUGGACAUAAUGGUGUCUAGGUAAGGAGGUGUCCUGGGGGGAGGGUGAGCAGUCAGCAGCCCAGUGGAGUCCUAAGGAGGUCUUAUGGAACGAAGGGGCUGAGGGGACGGAACCUUAAGUGACCUCACUUCCUUAAUGACAGAUCCGAACAGAACUUAGAACUCUGGUAACCAGGUGCCCAUAUCCUAGAGUCAGCACCGUAACCAGCUUACUUGGUAGGAUACGCUCAAGAGAAAAAGAUGUUCUGGUGUUGCUUCCCCACUUCGAGAGGUUGCUGCUUCAGGAAUGGAGGGAGUGAGAGCCUUUUCCGACGAUGCUGAAGAAGGCUCAUCCCUCACCCCAGACGCCUGUGGCCCUUUGUAAGAAGGCACGACCAGCUCCUGGUCCAUAUGCAGAAAUACCAGCAUUUCCAGCACCAGCUGUUGAGCCAGAGCCAGCAUGGGAAGAGCCCCCUCCAGAGACAGUGCCGGAGGUCGAGGGAGCUCCAGCCAAGGACCAGUCCAACGAGGAGCUGCCUGAAAUCAAGGAGGUGCUUGAGGGCAUUAAAAGAAGGCUGAGAGGAAGAAUUCCAGUAGCUCCUCCUGCUCCCAGAGGCGGCCUCCUCCCCAGGCAUGGAUGUCUGUCUGCAACCGGCAUCCGGCUGCUUUGCCUUUGA